AUAUAUAUAUCUAUGGCAUAGCCGAUAAAUUCGAAUAUUCGAAACAGUUAGUAAAUAUCAGUAAAUAAGUAAAUGUAAUAUCGUGGUGCUGCGUUCCAUUCGGAGAAAUCCGUAUAAAAAAAUAAUUGUAAUACUGCGUCUCACUUGGACGGAAAUUCAUUCUAGAAGAAGAGGAAAUAUAUCGCGAGAUGUCCAAGUUGCCGGAUUUGUACGGCGAGAAUGCGAAUGAUACAAAGAUCGAGGAUUAUCUGGAGGAGAGUUUGAUUCAAGAUAAUUACAAAAAACUAAAACAUGAGUAUGAAUGUUAUCGGCAGGAGUUGCACGUUUUACGACUCAAGCUGGAAGCCAGCGAAGCACUGAAUAAAGAGCUCCAAGAAACAAAUGAGACUUUGGAGCAAUCGGUUGGCCAAUAUAAAAUGAAAACGGACAAAAUGUUUGCCGAGAGGAAAGAAAAAUAUAGAGCUGAGAGAGAAGAAUAUCAAAAUUAUAUUGCAGAUUUAGAAACAAAAACUACACAAACUAUGCAAGAGAUUACAGAUUUACGUGAGGAAUUAAAAAGAUAUAAGGAUAUAAAUAAACAACCACAUUUUUCUAUUUGUACGGAUGAUACUGUAACGAUAUAUAAGGAAAAAAACAAAGAGCUGGCUACACUUUUUAAGAAUGAGAAAGAAAAUGGAGAACAAUUAGAGGAGAAACUUGCAAAUAUGGAGAUUCAAUGUCAAGAACUUGAAAAUCUCUUGAAAAUAAAAUCAGGACAAUUAGUGGAAAAAAAUGAAGCGUUAGAAAACAUACGGGAGGAAUUAGCUAUUAAUCGUAUGGAAUUGGAAUCAUUAAAAGUAACUCCUACUAGUGAUACAUGUAAAGGCAAUUCUUUAUUCGCCGAAGUUGAAGAUCGUCGACAAAUGUUAUUGGAUCAAAUGAAAGAACUCCAGACUAAGUACAAGGAAGCAAAACGAGCGUUAAAUACGAAAACGAAGGAAACCCAGCUAUUGACAGCAGAGAAAAUUGUCUUGAUCAGAAAAUGGGAAACUGAUGUAAUUGAUACACAACAGGAAAAUGCAGAUCUUCUGCAAAAAUACAAAAGCAGAAUCUUUGAUCUUGAGAAUAAGUUGAAAAUUGAAAUAGAAAGAAACAAUCAAGUGGAAAAAAUACAAUCUAUAGAUGACAGUUUCAAAGUGCUGAGAAUGGCGCAAGAUGAUGCGAAUAAGUUGACAAGAGAAGAUUUUGAUGCUGGUCCAUGCAGUUUCGAUGAGAUUGAGCCAGGCCUCUUUCUGGGUAAUCUCACAGCUGCAACGGAUGUGAACUGGAUGAAGGAAGUUGAAAUGACUCAUAUACUGACAAUAGAUUCCUGUCCGUUGCCAAGGAAGAUCCAGGAAUGUCUCCCCAAUUUAAUCAUUAAGUAUAUUCAGGUGACAGAUAUGCCGCGAGAAGAUCUUUUAACGCAUUUUGAGGACUCCUACGAGUUCAUCGACCGUGCUCUCGAGUGCAAUGGCAGGGUACUGGUGCACUGUUACUUCGGCGUGUCGCGAUCCGCUUCCAUAGUGAUCGCAUACAUUAUGAAGAAGCGCGAGUUGAGCUUUGCGGACGCAUUCCAGAUGGUCAAGUCGAAACGACGAUUCGUCGCGCCGAAUCCUGGCUUCAUGGCGCAGUUGCAACUUUACGAGGAUAUGGGCUAUGGCGUGGAUAGCACCAAUGUGCAAUUCAAGAUGUACAGAUUACAGAUUGCCGCCGACAAGGUGCGCAAGGCACGCAUUCUUCCUCAGAGCUGCAUUGAUUUAGUGAAACCAGAUCCCGCACUGACAACCGUGCGUCCCGAGCCGACAGUUUAUCGUUGCAAGAAAUGUCGCCGUAUCGUAGCAAGCGCUAGCAAUAUUCUACCCCAUGCACCACACGAGAAACAGAUCUGGCGGCACAUCAGCGUUAAAAGUCCAAAGGAUGUCGAGAACUGUGAUAAACUAGUGCUGAAAAAAGAAGAACCGACGCGCGUCGAGCUAUGCGACAAAAUCUAUUUUGUGGAACCUCUGGCUUGGAUGCCCAACAUCACACAUACUGUUGAAGGCAAAUUGAAUUGUCCUAAAUGUAACACGAAACUCGGCGCAUACAGCUGGAUCUCUGGCAGCCAGUGUCCUUGCGGUAGCAAGAUCGCGCCGGCUUUCUAUUUGGUGCCCUCCAAGCUCGACUGGAGCAAUAUUGUGCAGAACGUGCAAGUAACGGUAUAGUAUUGAGAAAUAUAUAUAAAAAUGUUGGAAAUAAUCGAUCUUGGACUAUUUGGAUACUCGAUGAAAUUGUUCCAAAGGUUUUAAAGUUCUUAAGUAUUUUUUCUAAUACUUACUAUGGCAAUACGUAUUGCUGAAGAAUGUCCUGAAGAUAUCGAAUAGACAGUUAAAAAACGUAAUUUUUUAAAUGCUUUAUAUAGAUAUCUUUUCGACGUUUUUUGAGUGAUGUUUUUAUUAAAUUGUGACGUUACAUAGUCCAAGAUAGUCGAAAUAGAUAUUGCAAAUAUUUAAUUUCCAGCAAGUGUACUAUAAAUUUGGUUAGGUUUUAGAAUCUAAAUUUAAAUUAUUCCAUAAAGAAGUAUUAGAAAAUUUAUGAAUAAUUUUAAUCAUGUAUUACUCUCUUUUUAUGUGUAUAUAAUACUUUAUAUUAUCUAUAUUUUAUCUUUAAUUAUACCAAAGUUUUAAUUCCGUUAAAAAGAUCUGUAUACUUGCUGAGGGUUGAGAAUAAUGAAUUUUUUUAUUAAGACAGAUGCGACCAAUAUACGCCGGCUGACUGUAUUCUAAUCCUGUGCCAAUAUAUUUCGAUAUGUGUACAUAUAUACAUGUAUUUGUUAUACAUAUAUAUCUGUAUGGUGUUGUACUUUUUUUUUUUAUUAUAUAUAUAAGAAAACAUACCUGAAAAAAGUUCUUCAAUCUCAAUGUUUUUAUUGCACGACAGUGUCUUUGUCUAUACCGUCUACAUAUCUAAUAAGGCCGUAACUUUGUGUAGAAUAACGUUCUACUGUAUUUAUGAUUAAUAAUUAUGAUAUCAAUAUAUACUUUCUCGUAAC